GCCUUGUGUCUCUGUCGGGUGCUACAGAACAGGAGGAGGAGGCUGCACUGCACUGCUGUCUGAUCGGUUCGUUGUGGUUUGGAGCGGGACUUUUGUUCUUUUCCUCCAGUGCGCCUUUCCCUCGGACAACAUGGUGUCAUCGUCAUCAUCAUCAUCAUCACCAUCAAAAUCAGGACUAUUGCUAUCCUUUUCAUCGGCAUCAGACACGCACUUUUACUUUGUUGUCCCUCGCGUCACCGGAUCAUAAGAAGAUCUCCUUUAAAUCACAUUUAAAAAAGCUCCAGCGUCUUUUUCCACAGAGGAGAAACUUAGAUUUCAUUGGUUGUUAUUUCGAACACGUGUGAAGAUGGAUCUGUCAAAUUUCCUGCUCAGCACUCUGGCUCUGCUCCUUGGCGGAAGGGAUCUUUUCACCAGGGCCAUGCUGAGUGACAUUGGGGACUAUGUAGGUACAGACAUUGAAAUAUCCUGGUUACCUAACCUGGAUGAGCUCAUGAAGGGCUAUGCCAGAAACUUUCGCCCUGGGAUAGGAGGUCCGCCGGUGAACGUGGCCAUGGCGAUCGAAGUGACAAGUAUUGAUCACAUCUCCGAAGCCAACAUGGAAUACACUAUGACCGUGUUCCUGCGGCAGAGCUGGCACGAUGACCGCCUGUCCUACAACCACACCAACAAGACGCUGGGAUUGGACAGUCGCUUCGUCGACAAGCUUUGGCUGCCCGACACCUUCAUCGUCAAUGCCAAAUCGGCUUGGUUCCACGACGUUACUGUGGAGAACAAACUCAUACGUCUGCAGCCCAACGGUGUCAUUCUAUACAGCAGCCGAAUCACCUCGACGGUGGCAUGUGACAUGGACCUGACAAAGUAUCCCAUGGAUGAACAGGAGUGCAUGCUUGACCUGGAAAGCUACGGGUACUCCUCAGAGGAUAUUGUGUACCAUUGGUCGGAAAGUCAGAGUCACAUUCACGGGCUGGACAAACUGGAACUGUCACAGUUCACCAUCACAGACUAUCGGUUUGUCACGGAGAUUAUGAAUUUCAAAUCUGCGGGAAGAUUUCCAAGGCUCAGCCUUCGCUUCCAGCUGAGACGGAACCGAGGAGUGUACAUCAUCCAGUCAUACAUGCCUUCCAUUUUGCUGGUUGCCAUGUCCUGGGUGUCCUUUUGGAUCAGCCAAUCAGCAGUCCCUGCUCGUGUGUCCUUAGGCAUCACGACCGUUCUCACCAUGACCACCCUGAUGGUGAGCGCUCGCUCCUCCCUGCCUCGCGCAUCAGCCAUCAAGGCCCUGGACGUCUACUUCUGGAUCUGCUACGUCUUUGUGUUCGCUGCACUCAUCGAGUACGCCUUCGCUCAUUACAAUGCCGACUACAGACUGAAAGAGAAAGCCAAGGUGAAGGCGAGCAAGCUCGGCUCUGAGUCCAUUGUGAAGAACGGCAAGCAGGCCAUGGUUCUGUUCUCCCUGUCUGUCACCGGUAUGAACCAAGGGGUGGUCAUUUCCAACCGCCAUAACCGUGCACAGCGUUCCAGCAGCGAGAUCCCCGGGGAGGCUGUCUCAGAGGAAUCCGAAUCCAGUAGGCGGUCCAGACAGAUGAGAGAGAGCGAGGAGGAGAAGAAGAAGUGUUGCUCCAAGUGCGUUUGUAAGCCCAUCGACGCCGACACCAUUGACAUCUACGCCAGGGCCGUGUUUCCUUUCACCUUCGCCGUGGUGAAUGUCAUCUACUGGGUGGCGUAUACAAUGUAAAAGGGAAGAAAAAGAACACGGAUGCCCGAUGGCUUUCAUCCAGGAAGGACUGUGUACAUACGAUACCGCUGGAACUGCGCCACAUCACUGUUGGCAAGUCAUAUGCAGCUGAAACACACUGCGGGAAACACAAAAAUAACUUUCGAGGGAAUGACGUGUUUCAGCCUGUGAAAAUGGAAAAUGUGGCUUAAGGAACAGAUGGGACCUUCAAAUCUUAACGCGGAUGCGGAAUGCAAGUGUGCAUCUUCAACCUGCUCGUCCACCUGCAGUAGCGACCCCAGACACACAUAGAUGAUAUCCAAGAAACUGUCGCUCGCUUCGACCUGCAAGUGGGCCGUGUGUCAUCGUAGCACCACUUGAUCAAGGACAACAAGACGAGGUGUUCUCACUACUCUGCAUGGCUCUCACUCUCUUCCUGCGCCAUAGCCGUCCUGCCCUUUUGCGCCUUAUCCCCGUCGUGGUUCACCACCUGUUUCCUUCCAAAUUUAUUUUAUUUUUUAUUUUUUUUGGGGCGUCUUUCUGGAACAUCUUGUCUCCUUCUAGUUCUGCCAAUUUCCUUGCCAUUAAAGGACUUCUUUCACCACUGGCCUCAGUCUGCAUGCAUGUGCAAAAAAAAAACGUUUCAAACUAAAUCCACGGGUGUUCGGAAAAUGUGUUUUAGAUACUGUAUAUUGCAGUGUUAUAUAACCCAGAUUUAAUCAAUAGAAUUAAUUUCACAAUUACAUAGAGUUCAGUCAAGCAAAUACAUAUUAUUAUAAUAUAAUCCAGAAAAAAAUCUGAAACUUUAGAAGCCACGUGACUGACUGACGAUCAUUUUGUACCUCGCAUCUCAUCUAAAAUCUGCUUGGGAUUGGCUCCAAGUUGGGCUGUAGAAAGGAAAUGAACGGAUUGAUCGACUCGGUGCAAUUAAGUUUAUAUAUCCCAGAAACUUCGUUUAUUUUAUAGUGACGGGUAUUUAUUGGAAAUGCAGUUGGACAGAAGAAUGUUUGACAAGGGACAGAAGGAGAACAGAUGUGAUCACUGUUACAUUCCAUACAAAAUGUCCUUUUUAUUCAAAGCAACAAAAAUACGAAGUAAAACAAAAUGUCAUUUCCAUAUCGACAUAUAUUAAAGCAAUUAUUUGAAAUAA